UAGCUGCAGACUCCCCACCCUCAGUCUGUGAGGGGACAGCUGUGCCAGCAAGGCUCUGGCAAGCUCCUGAGAGAGUAUGGCCAUGAAACUCAGGGCACUCCUCCUGCUCCUGGGACUCUGUCCUGUGCUGCCAGCCUCCCCUCGCCGGAAGCUCCUGGUGUUUCUGCUGGAUGGUUUUCGUUCAGACUAUAUCAGUGAUGAGGCUCUGGAGUCAUUGCCUGGUUUCAAAGAGAUUGUGAACAAGGGAGUUAAAGUGGACUAUCUGACCCCAGACUUCCCAAGUCUCUCCUAUCCCAACUACUACACCCUCAUGACUGGUCCUGAUGGAGCUGGAGUUCAGAGCCCUCUCAUCCACUUCCUCCCAUCACUUCUCCCCCACUGGGAGUAUGGAUCAAAAUGGUUUGGGGGUGCAGAAGGCCGCCAUUGUGAGGUGCAUCAGAUGAUUGGGAAUUACAUGUGGGACCCCAACACCAACAAGUCGUUUGACAUCGGUGUCAACAGAGACAGUCUGAUGCCACUCUGGUGGAAUGGAUCCGAACCUCUAUGGAUAACACUGACUAGGGCCAAAAGGAAGGUUCACAUGUACUACUGGCCUGGGUGUGAGGUUGAAAUUCUUGGUGUCAGACCUACUUACUGCCUAGAAUAUAAAAAUGUCCCAACGGAUAUCAACUUCGCCAAUGCAGUUAGUGAUGCUCUAGACUCACUCAAAAGCGGCCGGGCUGACCUGGCAGCCAUAUACCAUGAGCGCAUCGAUGUGGAAGGCCACCACUAUGGUCCCUCGUCUCCACAGAGAAAAGAUGCCCUGAGGGCUGUGGACACUGUGCUGAAAUACAUGACCACGUGGAUCCAGGAGCGAGGGCUGCAGGACAACCUCAAUGUUAUCAUCUUCUCAGACCAUGGGAUGACUGACAUCUUCUGGAUGGACAAAGUGAUCGAGCUGAAUCAGUACAUCAGCCUGGGGGACGUGCAGCAAGUGAAAGACCGAGGGCCUGUCGUGAGCCUGUGGCCAGCCCCCGGGAAACACUCAGAGGUGUAUAACAAACUGAGAGCUGUGGAGCAUAUGACUGUCUAUGAAAAGGACGCCAUACCAAGCAGAUUCUACUAUAAGAAGGGAAAAUUCGUCUCUCCUUUGACUCUAGUAGCCGAUGAAGGAUGGUUCAUAACAGAGAGUCGAGAGGUGCUGCCAUUUUGGAUGAACAGCACUGGCAAGCGGGAAGGCUGGCAGCGUGGAUGGCACGGAUAUGACAACGAGCUCAUGGACAUGCGGGGUAUCUUCUUGGCCUUUGGACCUGCAGGCCUCCUCCUUAACUGUGAACCAGAGGAAGUAGAGCAGAUGGGAAGAAAGCAAGAGAAGAUAAAUUAGUUCUGUCUUCACCACAUGUAAUCGCCUUUUCAACAUGACUUCAAUGCAAGCUGGUUCUGUCAUUUCCCAAUGGUUAGGAAGAGACCGCUAGAGAGGGUUCAAAGGAGGGCAUACCCCAGGCGUGACUCAGGCAGCUUAGGUGAUACAGGAAUGAACUGCUGGACUUUCAAGCAGAAGAUCCUGAGUUCAACCCACAGCAUCGCAUAGGCAGAGUGAUGCUCUGGUUCUCUAUCCUCUCUCUAUAAUAAACAUAUCUGUUAAAAAAACAAAAGAAAGAAAAGAAAAAAGAAAAGAAAAGAAAAAAAGACAUACAUAGGGAGGAGGAAGAACCAUAUCAUCACCCUCCCCUUCCCCAAACCUUUGAUACUGAAAGGUGAGGUAUUGGGGAAGUAGGGAGUAGAAGCAGCUGGAAGGAGAGAACUUUCCGUGGGAGGACAGUGGUGUGUAAGAGCUCCUUUUCUUGAGGAAACCUGGUUAGUCCUCUCCUCCCUGCCCUGUUGCCCUGUUUCUUGGAAAAUUCUUCUCCCAGGGAGGCAUUGGUAGGAAAAGUAGGGGCUGAAACUCCACCCUAUCUAAGAACCAGGGGGUGCUUUGAUGUGGAUCACAGAAAAAUGUCAGUGAAAAUUAGGUCCUUUGAAACUCUUAAAGGAAAACCAGUGAAAUAGCUCCCCUGGACUGUGUGCUAGCUUUGCACAUGAGUGAUGCAGACUGGAUUCUGGUCCCUAUUACACUAGAGGGAGCUUCAGUGUUGCCCUAUCUUUCCUUUUAUUCCCUCUGUCUCUCUCUUCUUUC